UCAAACUCAAAUACAAAUCUUUAAACCCAUUAAUUUAAUCAAACUUGAGAUUCAAAAAACCUCUACAAGAAGCAUCCAUGCUUCUUCUUCUACUUCUACUUCCAUUUCUUGUUCUUUCUUACUGCUAAAAAUCCCUUAUUUGCCAGUGAUAGCCAAUUGUUUUAUAUCAUUUUCUUGAGAUCUUCAACUUUAGCUUUAAGAAGCUGCCUCUCUAUUUCACCACCCAUUGGCCCCCUCUUUUAGUGUCUUAAAUUUUUCAUUCAAUAUUUACACUGUUAUCAAUCAGUAAAAGCUGCAAAAUGCUACAGCUUUCUGAAUGAGCUUUCUCUGUCUCUGACUAAACUUGCAUUCUGUCCGUUCUAAUUCAAUGCUCUCUUUCUUAUUCUGAUAUUACUUCAUUAGCACUUUUGUCUCUGAUUCUAAUUCAAAUUUCAGCUCUUCAAGUUGUUCGUUAAAGUUUAAAAAAAGUUCUAGUGUUUUUUUUUAACUACUGUUUGAUUAUGGAUUCGAAAUUGAUGAAACCAUUACCGAAACAAUUGAUGCUGAAAGAUUACCUGUUAGAUGAUUUGAGUUCAUGCUCAUCGAGCGGUUUCCGAUCAUAUCCUCGCCGGCAAUGUUGCACUACAGUUCGAUUUCUUCUCGAAAUCGACUUGAAGAACAAGUAUCAACCAGCACCGCCGCCGCCGUACAUGAAAAAUGCUAAAUCGUUACUCAAAACCCGGCCAAAACCAGCGCCGCCUUCGGCGACAGUUUCUGCAUUUCAGAAAGCGUCUGUAGCGGUGAUCAACGCCGUGAAACACCUCCCGUUCGCCGGAGCGAGGUCUCCACUGUCUUCUUCGCCGUCGAAGAAGAAGAAGAAGCCGAUGAUGAAGACAAUUUUUCCGAGGAGUUUAUCUCGGAAGCUGAAAAGAAGCUUCUGGAAGAGAGGCGAUCACAAGGAGAUCCACUGGUGGACGUCUUUCAACCGGUUGGAUAAGGAAGAACUAAAACCGCCAGUUUUUUCUCCGGUUAUAACUGCCAUAACCGCCGGCGAUUCAAAUAGCUCAAUGAGCGUGAGUGUGAGUGAGAGUCAGAGUAAGAGUAAAAGUAACAGUAACAGCUGGUCAGAUAGUGAUUUCACUGCUUCAAGUGAUAAUAAUUCACUGCAAACUUCAAGUGGUAAUUCGGAGGUUAAUUCGACGGAGACUGAAAACGACGUCGCAGCUUCGAAGAGCUUAGGAACAGAGAAGGUGAUCAACAGCAAAAAAGUUGGCGCAACUACCGGUGAUGAUUCACCAGACUCAACUGUAAGCAGUCACGGUAGCACUACCAACUCUCCUAACAAAAAGAAACAUUGGCCAAAUGAAGAAAAAGAACAGUGUAGUCCAGUGUCUAUACUGGAUUGUCCAUUUGGUGAUGAAGACGAGGUCUCUUCACCUUUCCAGCAUAGAUUAGCUCGUGUGGAAGGAACUACCAAAAAACUCAUGAAAAAGAUCCAAAGGUUUGAGUGUCUCACUCAACUAGAACCACUAAACUUAGAGAAACGAAUUGUAUCCUCAGAAUCAGAGAGUGAAUCCCCACUCACAAAUACCUCAGAAACUGAAGUUGAGGAACAAGAAGAGGACAAACAGACAGUUGAAAGCAAAGCAUUAGAAUUGGUUCAAGAAUUGAAAGCCUCAUUGCCAUCUUAUAACAUGAAACUAAAGGCAGAGAAAUUACUAUUGGAUUUCUUUAAGGAGAGGAUUCUCAAUGCCUGUGAACAUUCAGAAGAGCUAACAAGAGGUGAUGCAUUCAAUAACAAGCUGUUGCAAAUAGCAAAAGAUUGGAUAAAUGGGAAACCUAUUGAGGUAUUGUUAGAUUGGAAGGUGCAAGAAAACAGGAUGGCUUACAUUCGGGACAUUGAAAGCCGAGGCGAGUGGAAGAGCACAAACUUAGAGAAGCAAGAAGUGAUUUUGGAGUUGGAAGUUGAAGUGUUUGCAUCGUUGAUGAAUGAGCUUUUGCUUGAUAUCAUUUUCAGCUAGCAAAUCUUUAGGUUCAGGGCAGUAGAAUGGUAAUAACAUAACAUAGUUAACAGGAGAGUUAGGGGAAAUAUAGAAGCAUAUGCUCAAUUCUCUUGAAGGGGAGCCUUGGUGUAACUAGUAAAGUUAUUGCCAUGUGACGAGGAGAUCACAGGUUUGAGCCGUGGAAACAACAUCUUGCAGAAAUGCAGGGUAAGGCUGCGUACACAGGGAGCUUAGUACACAGGGUUGCCCUUUAUGCUCAAUUCUCAAGGUUGUUUUUGUCAUUCAGUAAAUGGCUAGCCUGAAUGAGUGAGACCACCUUGAGAAAUGGGCUACAUGAGUUUUGAAUUGGAGCUGUUAGUGUUGAACUCAUUCUUUUUUUUCUCUUCCUUGGAGAAAGAUGGGAUGGUGAAAUGUUGAAUUAGAAGAGAACUUUUGUUGUACUCCAUUUCUGGAUCAAGUUAUGCAAAAUUCUAGUUGAUCAUUGUUAGUA